AUGGCCGGCGAAGAAGCCUCACAGCUGUCGCCCCUGUCGCAUAGGCUACCCACCGUCUCCGCAUCCCAAGCCCUACAAGACUUCAACGCACGCGGCGCCCGCACGGUAUCAACAGGCAUCACACAGCUUGACAAGGCCCUUUCAGUUCCAGCUCCUCCGGGCCAUGAUGCUUCAGGCGGAUACACACGCGGCAAAGUAACUGAGAUCUUCGGCCCAUCCGGGGUCGGCAAGACAACAUUCGGGAUACAGGCCGCCGUCUCGGCACUGCGUGAGGGCCAGCGGGUAAUAUGGGUUGAUGCUGCCUGCGCGCCUCUGGUGCAGCAUCGCAUCGACGAUAUCCUUGUUCCGUACCCAGACGAGAUGCGGAGUCGUUUCCAAUAUACCGUGGCACCUACGCUUGCGCAUGUCGUGGCGCUCUUCGUCCAUCCGCCCGCUUCCUUUCCCCCGCAAAAUACCAGCCUUAUCGUCAUAGAUUCGCUCGCAACCCUCAUUGAUAACGCAUAUCCCCGUCAUACGGAUGAUCGCAUUGCGAAGAAUAGGACCGACCAAGCACGAUGGGCUGCAGGACGUCGAUUUGCUAUAAUUAAUGAAUUAAUUGCAGCAUUCACCAGGUUUGCAGCACUGCACGACCUUGUCUUGCUUAUCACAAGCCAGACUAUCACCCGUAUCCGAGGUGCCUCACGCGCACUGUUGGUUCCAGCAAUCUCAGGGGUUGAGUGGGAAGCCGGUGUAUCCACUCGUCUGGUUCUCUUCAGGGAUUGGGUUAGACACGGCAAACCUACUGAUAAGUCGGACGCCGAAAGGUUGCAAAGAGCUCGAUUUGCCGGCCUUGUGAAAGCAAAUGGUGUAGCCUUUGCAGAUGAGGGGGGUGUCGGCAAUGUAGUGGCCUUUACUAUUGAGAAGAAUGGUCUUUGCGACAUAAGCAUGGCAACCAACGACAUUACAGCCCCUCUUCUUAUCCCAACAGAAGGCCGGAUGUCCAAGAGACCCUUCGCCGAAAUUGAUGAGAAUACCGCCGAAGAACCGAAUUCGGAUGAGCUUUACGGUUGGAUGGAGGACGACGGAGUUGCCACUGAGGGGUUAUUGAUUGAUGAAGCAUCCAUUGAUCAGGGUGACGUUGCAACACCUCACUUGGAUGUCAUUGCAGAUGGCCACAAGAAUAAGGUAAUACGGACUUCUCCUACACCCACCCAAGAUUAA